AUGUCGCUUUCAAUACCCAACGCCCCCAACCAGGGUUUGUUCAAACCGGGAUAUCAGAACUACGACGCCGAGGAUGGCGCGGUCAUUCGCAACAUCGAUGCAUGCCGGCAAAUCGCCUCGACCGUUCAGACAUCGCUUGGCCCAUAUGGCCGCAACAAGAUCGUCAUCAACCACCUGCAGAAGAUGAUUCUUACCAACGAUGCGGCCACAAUAUUGCGCGAGCUCGAAGUCGUACAUCCUGCCGCAAAGCUUUUAGUCAUGGCAUCGCAACAGCAAGAGGCAGAGAUGGGAGACGCCACAAAUAUGGUCAUUGUCUUCGCAGGCGAGCUGCUCAAGAAAGCGGAAGAGCUGCUAAGAAUGGGACUCAAGACUAGCGAAAUCGUGCAAGGCUAUGAGAGAGCAGGCAAGUUCGCACUUGAGGCACUGGAAGAGCUGGAAAUCGACAAGGUUGAGGACAUCAGAGAUCAAGCAGAAUUGGCAAAAGCUAUCAAGACAGUCGUUGCAGCCAAGCAGAGCGGAAGUGAAGAGGUUUUGGCAGAUAUGGUUGCUGAGGCCGUUCUUGCUGUUCUGCCCAAGAAUCCUUACAACUUCAACGUGGACAACGUGAGAGUGGUUAAGAUUAUGGGCGGAUCGCUGGAGCAGAGCAAGGUUGUGAAGGGCAUGGUUUUUGGACGAGAGCCCGAUGGCACUGUUAAGAAGGCCACCAAGGCGAAGGUUGGAGUCUUCUCAUGCCCGAUCGACAUCUCGCAGACUGAAACCAAGGGCACUCUUCGGCGGCUGUGCCGUGUCGUCGGCGCCACACCUCUCGCAAGACUCGGCGCACCGAUGCCAGACGAGAUGGGCAGCGUCGACAUCGUCGAGACCCUGGAGAUUGGUGGCGAUCGCGUAACGGUGUUCAGACAAGAAAACGAGCAGACAAGGACAGCUACUCUUGUCCUUCGAGGAGCCACGCAAAACCACCUGGACGAUGUCGAGCGAGCCGUGGAUGACGGUGUCAACGUCGUGAAGGCUAUCACCAGAGAUCCACGAUUAGUACCAGGAGCAGGCGCGACAGAAAUGCAACUCAUCGAACGCAUCACCGCCCUCGCAGACAAGACAUCUGGCCUAGCACAAUACGCGAUACGGAAAUAUGCCGAAGCUUUCGAAGUGAUCCCACGCACACUUGCAGAAUCUGCUGGUCUCGAUGCCACAGAAGUUCUGGCCAAGCUAUACACAGCACAUCACCAACAGACGUUAAACAGCGACGAAGACGAGGAGAUUCCAUGUCUUGGUGUUGACCUCGACAACAGCGGUGUAUCAGGCUCUGGCACCAUCGACGUCGAGGAGGAAGGUAUUCUGGAUCUUAUGAUCUCGAAGUCUUGGGCAAUCAAGCUCGCGACUGAAUCAGCGCGGACUGUGCUGUCUGUCGACCAAAUUAUAGUGGCAAGGCAAGCUGGUGGACCUAAGCCUCCUGGUCCAAACCCGAACUGGGAUGAAGACUAGAUGAUGCUUACGUCAUGAUUGUAAUAUGAAGAAAGCAAACGCUGCAGGGUUGAUAGAUGGAAUUGUCGGUAUGUAGAUAUAUAUACCCAUUCGCAUGGAAAGCACUGUGCUUAUCUGCACCAUUGUGUGCCAAUUUGCGCUUC